AGGUUGAGGAUUCAAAGAUGAAUUCCAGAGUGUUUGGAUCUCAGAUGAACAACUGUAUUCCAGUUUCUGAUUUUUCAGCUGCUGGAGCAUCUGAAACUGUGAUAAACAGAAGCUUUACAAAUGUGAAGAACGAACGUUUCCCUGUUCAUCCUUUGGACAUACCGGAUAAUUUUGUUUUGUUAAGUCAAGAUAAGAUGAAUUUUCUUUCUAUGGGAAAUAUUCCGGGGCUGCAUGCACCGCUGAAGCUGAAAAUGGAAUUCCAAGCAGUGAAGCAGGUCCAGCGUCUUCCGUUCCUUCCUAGUUCUAACUUGUCCCUGGAUAUCUGGAAAGGCAACUGUGACUGCGUUGGUUUUGAGGACAUUUUGAAGGCACAGAGUGAAGUAAUGGGAGAUCCUCAUCUUUUGGUUGAACACAAACUUGGUUUAUUAUAAAGCGCACAUACUGCAUCCUUCUGUUUAUGAAAAUGUUUCUUACCUGUGUCCCUGUAGGUUCAAGUAAACCAUAUUAAAUAGUAGUUGUACAGCACUUGUUUUGAUAAUCUCUCACCUACCUUGAUGGGAAAAGGCUCAUUAAAUGCUUAAAUAUAUUACUUUUGUUCUGUGUUUACUGUCAGUACAAAUGUCUUGUAAUUGGGUAUUUUU